GGCUAAUUGACUCAUCCUCGGCUACGAUAAAUUUUCAAGCGGGAGGAUCCAUCCGAGCCGACAUGAGAUGCGUUUGGAUGGUCCAAACCCCCAGCGUAAAUAAUCGAUUCACUCUGACCUCUGGACUAGGAGGAGACGACGGGAUCUAUGUAGCCACUUAUAACUACGGAAAUAUAGGCAGGCAACAAAAAAUAUCUAUCGUUGGUCAGAACUACACCAUUCCUGCGCAUCACCUAAUCAUCACCCUUAGCGUGGGUCAUUCCCCUACGAGGGGAUUUUCCUUGUCCUUUUUCUCCUCCGGGCUAGCCUUUUAUGACGCACUGACCGGUUAUGCCGACCUUACGACAACCUCUGGGAAUUACGUGUACCCUCAGAAUGGGGAGAACUACAAAAAUAAUGAAGACGCCGUGUUCUUCAUCGUCCCCGCGGUUCCAGCCCAACCCACGCUCCGGUUUAUUUAUGUGGACCUUGAGUCCGACUUAAAUUGCGUGUACGACUAUGUCACAAUCUAUACUUGGUUCGACAACGAUUACAAGCAGGUGGCACGAGUCUGUGGAGAAACACUUCCUCCGACGGUCACUUUCGUUGAAGGCGCUGGUCUCGUCACAUUCCGAUCCGAUGGCUACAUGAACCGUCGCGGAUUCAAGUUUGAAUGGGCUUAA